AAACAUUCCUUCAUGGCUUCAUCUACACCGGUUGUGUUACUCCAUACUCCAUAGUUAAAAUCUGAAUCUCAUCUUAUUGCUACCAUCUAUUUCUCUCUCUUCGUCUCCGUUUAUCUCGCUCGUCCUGUGUUUGCAUGUUCGUUCUUCACAUUUUCGGGUGUUGGUGAUCUCUCCCUUCGUCAGCCAUGGCGGCCAAGAAGUAUUAUGAAUACUUCUCAAAAGCUUUGAUUGAUGAGGUUCAGAAGUGGGGUGGCAUGAAACAGACUGGUGUUGCCUUGAGAUACAUGACGGAAUUUGGGUCCAAACCCACUGAAAAAAACUUACUCAUUUCUGCUCAGUUCCUCCAUAAAGAGCUACCCAUAAGAAUUGCAAGAAGAGCCAUUGAGCUUGAGACCUUGCCUUAUGGUUUAUCUGAUAAAGCUGCUGUUUUGAAGGUUCGAGAUUGGUACUUGGAUUCUUUCCGUGAUCUUCGAAGCUUUCCGGAGAUCAAAGAUACAAGUGAUGAGUUGGCAUUUAUGAAGAUGAUUCAAAUGAUCAAAGUAAGGCACAACAAUGUGGUCCCCAUGAUGGCUUUGGGCAUUCAACAACUGAAGAAAGACUUAAAUCCAAAGGUCGUGCCAGAAUAUCCAGAUGAGAUUCAUCAGUUUCUUGAUCGUUUUUACAUGUCAAGAAUUGGGAUCCGCAUGCUCAUUGGGCAGCAUGUCGCACUACACGAUCCCAAUCCACAACCUGAUCGUGUAGGUUACAUACAUACUAAAAUGUCUCCUGUGGAGGUAGCAAGAAGUGCCAGUGAGGAUGCCCGUGCUAUUUGUUUGCGAGAGUAUGGGAGUGCACCUGACAUUAACAUCUAUGGUCAUCCUAACUUUACGUUCAUGUAUGUUCCAACACACUUGCAUCUUAUGGUUUUUGAGUUGGUUAAGAAUUCCUUGCGUGCUGUCCAAGAGCGGUUUAUGGAUUCAGAAAAAGUUGCACCUCCCAUCCGAAUAAUAGUUGCUGAUGGAAUUGAGGAUGUUACAAUAAAGAUCUCAGAUGAAGGAGGUGGUAUACCAAGAAGUGGCCUUCCCAAGAUAUUUACAUAUCUUUAUAGUACGGCAAAAAACCCAUUGGAAGAGCAAUCAGAUCUUGUAUCAACUGAUGGGGUGACAAUGGCUGGAUAUGGAUAUGGCCUUCCAAUAAGUCGCCUCUAUGCUCGAUACUUUGGAGGCGACCUGCAAAUUAUUUCAAUGGAAGGAUAUGGGACUGAUGCCUACCUUCAUUUGAGUCGUCUGGGAGAUACACAAGAACCCCUGCCAUGAUCCUAGGCCCUGCUUGAAUUUCAGAGCUCUUAUUCAAGAAAUAUGAAAUGGGAAGGGCCUGCCCUGUCAUUGAUGUAAGCUGGGUUAGCUUACAGAUUAUUUUAUCCUAUAUUAUGCUGAGUUGCAGCAUUCUUGUACAUUCUUUUUUCCCAUUCCUAUUUUAUCAGGUACAUAAUGCUCCAUUGAUUUAGGCA